UAUAUAUAUCUCCAAGCAGCGUUCGUAUGUAAUAAGACUUGUGUGAUACUCUGCAGGCCACCUAGUUAUUAUCAUCUUCCUAUCAAAGUCAUUGUCACUUUCCUUUGAUUGUUUUUGUGUCAAGAAUCUGCCAGAAUAGAAUUAAUUAAUGGGAAGUUUUUCUUAUUCGAAUAGGAAUUUAAGGAGGGGGUUAAAUUUUUUCUAUAUAUUUACAUUUAGGAUUGUUCUCCUUAUAUUGAAACCAAUGAAAUUGAGAGGUACUUGUAUAUGCUAACUAGAAAACUAAGCACAAGAGGGGAAAUACUUAAGUUUCUGAGCUAGUUUCCAAGUUUGAUAUGGCCAAUGCAGCAUACCCUUGUGAUGAGUUGAGUAAUUCUGAUAAUUCUUUGAUGAGUGUCGAAGGAGGGAAUGCGUGGAAAAAAGAGCAAGUUCAUAAAGAGGAAGAUUGGGGACAGGCUCGAGGAACUGAUUCCCUUGGUUCUGAUUAUGGGUCUUAUGAAGAUGAUGGAUUUAUUUUCUCCAAGUACCUGCAACAAGAACGGCAACUGCAGGCAAUUUUGGGUUACGGGCUUUUUGACAAUCUAAGGUUUGAUGUCUUUUCUCCCGCACUUGAAUCAUGCAUGGAUGAGAUUGCAGAUAUCAGUGAGACAUCCUCUAGAAUUCAAGAUGUUGUGACGCCUGAGAAGGAAAAGAGGUAUCCACAAUCUUUAGCAUCACUUCAGCUGCUUACAAGUCAUGGUAGAGGAUUCAAACGAUUGAAUGGUGGGCGAAUAAUUGAGCCAAGCAGUGAAUCAAUAUGCAUGAAGGAGUCGAUCCAUAGACUGUCAACUGUAGAAAUCAUGAAGGUUGCUGGUCAAAGGUUCAUUCAGUCCUUUUCCGAGAAAGUUGAUGUUGUGCCGUUGCUUAACAAUCCCUUUGAUAUUUCGUUCUCUGGAAUUUCUAAAGAGGAAAUGGAAGAUGUAGAGCUUGUUGAUAUCCUUCUAGCUGCCGCAGAGAAGGUGUGCUGCCAAGAAUUUGAACUUGCGAUCAAAUUUCUCAGCAGAUGUGAUCGAUUGUCUUCCAUUAAUGGAAAUCCUGUUCAACGAGUAGCUUAUUAUUUUUCUGAAGCUCUUCGAGAGAAGAUUGAUCAAGAAUUGAAGGGCUUUAAAAAGGAGUUUUCAUUUGACAUGGAACAAAUAGUGAUGGAUGCUAGCUCUGCAAGUCUGGCUCACCGCCAAGAAGUUCCCUUUUGUCAGGUUGAACAAUUUGCUGGAAUUCAAGCCAUUAUAGAAAAUGUGGCUGAGGCAAAAAAGGUUCACAUAAUUGAUCUUGGCAUCAAAUGUGGAGUGCAAUGGACACUUCUGAUGCAAGCUCUUGCAUCACGACAUGAAUGCACUCUUGAGCUUCUCAAGAUAACUGCAGUGGGAUUUUCUUCAAGUCAAACGGAGGUUUCAGGUAAAAGGUUAAUGGGUUUUGCCCAAUCUAUGAACUUACCUUUCUCUUUUAGGGCUGUCAUAAUAUCAGACAUUCUUGACCUCAAAGAAGAUCAAUUUGAGCUUGAUACUGAAGAAACAGUUGCUUUCUACUCUGAGUUUUUCAUUUUUAACCUGAUUGCACAACCGGAUCAUCUGGAUUAUUUAAUGGGAGUAAUCAGAAACAUCAAUCCAUGUAUAAUGGUGGUCACUGAAGUUGAGGCAAAUCUAAAUUCGCCGGCAUUUGUGAGCCGUUUUAUUGAGGGUCUUUUCUUUUAUGGUGCAUACUUUGAUUGCAUUGAUGCUUGUAUGGAAAGGUAUGAUAAAAACAGAAUCAAUACAGAAAAACUCUUAAAUCUAGGAAUCAGGAGUCUUGUGGUGGCUGAUGGAAAUGAACGGAGAGCCCGCCAUGUGAAGAUUGACGUUUGGAGGGCGUUCUUUUCCCGUUUUAGGAUGGAGGAAAAAGAUCUUAGUAUGUCUUCCUUGUACCAAGCGGAUCUGAUGGUCAAGAAUUUUGCCCGUGCGAGAUCUUGUACACUUGAUAUGAAUGGGAAAAGCCUAAUUGUUGGGUGGAUGGGAACGCCAAUUCAUUCACUUUCAGUUUGGAAGUUCCUUUGAUCAGGCUCAGUUCCAACGUCUGUAUUUUUCAGUUGCCAACAAAAAAAUUGUUUAUUGGUCAGGAACUUAGGAUAUAUAAGCUGGACAUCCUAUUUAUGACAAGUUGUUGUCUGUAAUCUUAAGGGAUCAAUUUUCCGGUUAGAGUUCCCUGUUGCAUCAUCAUUGUCUCUCCUCCAUCUUUAUUGAAUUCAGAAGAUCGUGAAUGCGCUAUGAUGAUCGCGGCCUUGCAACCUCAAGCCAUCAACAUCAUUAUUACUAUGCUUGUUAUUUUAGUUUUA